UUGUGCAGCAUUUGUUUUGCAAAAGUGGACAAAUUGUGCGCUAAAUUCAUUUUAUUUUCAGCUCAUUGCUUGAAAAUAGUGUACAAUGGGUGGCGGUGAUUUGAACACGAAGAAAUCGUGGCACCCAAACACGUUCAAGAAUCAAGAACGCGUCUGGAAAGCCGAACAAGCAGAUGCUGCGGAGAAGAGGAAACUCGCUGAACUGCAGCAUGAAAUCAACGAGGAACGCAAUCGGGAGGAACUGAAGAGCAUCGCUAAGAAAUCUGGAUUGCUUCCGGAUACUGAUGGGGACCGUAAGCUUGAAUGGAUGUACAAAGGGCCGCAGGUCAAUCGGGACGAAUAUUUGAUGGGUCGUGCGGUAGAUAAGAAUUUCGAAAAGCUAGAUUCGCAGGAGAAAGCUGGUACCAGUGUAGGAAUCACGCAGCCGAAGAAUCAUGUGGAGCAUGAGUGCAUUCCGUUUUCGAUCCGGCAGUACAAGGGGCUGGAGGGAACGGAACAGGUUGACAUGGUUCGCAAAUUGAUGGAGGAUCCGCUGAUGGCUAUCAAGCAGAAAGAAAUUGAAAGCCGACAGAAGAUUCUCGAGAAUCCGGUCAAAUUGAAAGAGUUGCAUCGGCUGCUGAAGAAUGAUAAGAGCAUCAAGGAGAAGAAGGGCAAAAAGAAAGACAAGAAGGAGAAAAAGAAAAAAUCUAAGAAGAAGAAGCAUAAGAGGCGAGGAAGCUCUAGCAGUGGUUCAGAGUCACAUGAUGAUGAUGAUAAAGGUAAAGACUUGGACAAAUUGCUGGCCGAAAAAUACAAAAAGGUUCAAAGCUCCAUGGGGUCUGAGAAGAGUGAAGAGGUUGGUUUGGAUAAGCUUUUGACUAUGAAAUAUCAGAAGCUGUCCAAGGAGCUCAACAAAAUGGCCAAGCCUAAGAAGUCGAAGAAGAAGAAGAAGCACGGAAGCAGUAGUUCCGAGGAAGACUCUGAUUCGAAUAUUGCUGAUGAUUCCCGACAAAGAAAACAAAGAUCUGUAUCGAAAGAUAUGAGGCGGCCACCGCCUGCAUCAUCUCGUAACAGAUCGCGAAGCCUCGACCGGGAAAGGCGGUUCAGAAAUCGAUCGAGAAGCCCCGUUCAGGAUCGUAGGAAGCCAACUGAGGAGAGAAGAGAUCGACAUCAUUCACGUAGUCGAGAUCGGAAGCGUUCCCGUUCGAACGAGCGAGAACGUCGCCGUAAAUCGCCGACUCCGUCGAGUUCAAGCUCAGAAUCGCCUCCUUCGAGACAUCAGUAUGAUUCCGACGAUGAGAGGCGACGACCAGCCGCGAAAAAUUUUGGUUUGGUCUCUGCUUCCGGUAAGAAACUGGAACUGUCGAAACGGGAUGAGGUGCGCUUGUAUAAGCGUGAGGAGAUAAAGGCCCACCAGUCCAGCCAGAAGGCCUCGUGGAGUCGUCCGGAGAAGAAAAAACCACUAACCGAAGAGGAGAUGGAAGCCAAACGUAGGGCAAUGUUGAGUAAUGCCGAUUGGAGGGAUAAAGAGCGUAAGCAGAAUGUGAUGCGCUACGAAGACGAAGAACGAAAGCAGGACGAAAAGGAGCGUGCAAAGAAGUAUGAUAAGGACUUCGUCACCAAACAGUUCAAACAUGCUGCCAACCACGAGACGGUGGAAAAACGCAUUAAAUCCAAUCGUAAUAACAUUCAGCGGUCGGGUGGGGCCAUGAAUGACCAUUUUGCUAAACGAUAGAGUUGUAAUCGUUCAGUGGUAACUUACAAUGUAUUUAACAGUAAUAAAUCCAGGCAUAAUG